UGGAUCGGUUUUUUUACCAAGCACCCGAAAACGCAUGGCAUGGAAGUUGCGAUGAAGUCUGCUAGGACGCUCCAAUUUAUUUCCAAGCUGAAUAGUUGUUGCACCACAGCACGUCUAUCCACUCCUUUAACUCAUGUUCGCUACUCCGCCACCAGCAGCGGAGAAGACGCAGCCAGUAAUGAUGCUCCUGAUAUUCUCCAGCUGCAUCUGCGAGCAGAAACCAAAGUUCAGAAGAUCAGCAAAGCCAUGAAAGCAUACUUGGAACGGGCCAAGGCGUACGAUGAUUUCAUAAAGAAGGAGCAACAUGAAUUUGACAUUGGCAAACGACAUCUUGCAAACAUGAUGGCCGUUGAUGUCGACGAAAUGACGCAGGAUGAUGUUGACAGAGCCAUUCAGUAUUUGAUGCUCGGCCUGCACGAGCCCAAGGCUCGACCUAUCAUGAAGCCUCCUGAAGACGUAUUCCCCAGAGAAAAAGCUGCGCAGUUCGACUAUUCUGGAAGGCCGUUUCACUAUCUAUUCUACACAACGAAGCCCCACUACUAUGGCGUGUUGCAUGAUGCAGUUAGCCAUGUGGCUGAAUUGAACCGCCUAGAAACCCGAAUGCUCAACAAAGGAGUGGCAGAACCAGAAGCUGCAAUGAAGUUGAGUCUACAGGACAGCACCUGGCUUCCAAAGAAGGAUCUUGAAGUGCUACUUGUGGAGUCAUUGAAGGAUAUUCAGUACGAGUACUUCGUCAAGACCCUAGAUCGAUUAGCGGAACAUCCGUACUCAUCACAAGUCAAGGAGUUCAUCAUGAAGUACAGAAAACCGAGGAUGGCGACAUUUAUUCGAGACGAGAUACCACCGUUACAAUAUGAUGAAACUGGAAGGCCUUAUGCCAAGGGUAGUGGUGCCAGAAAGCAUGUGAGGGCUGAAGUGACUGUCUGGGGCAAUGGCACGGGAAAAGUGACAAUCAACGGUCAUGGCAUCGAGUACUUUGACCAAAUUGCAGACAGGGAGCAGAUAAUGUUUCCCCUGCAGUUUACGGGACUCCUCAUGAAAGUUGACAUUGAAGCAACGCUCAAUGAAGCCGAAGGGUCAAGUGUUCGUGCAAAUGCCAUACGUCAUGGAGUGUCAUUAGCACUACGCAGCUUCGUCUCGGAGAAAGAGGUAGAGAGAAUGAGACUGGCUGGAUUGCUGACAAGGGACCCUCGCCGGAGGGAGCGCAAGAAGCCAGGCCAGGAAGGUGCACGUCGCAAGUACACUUGGCUCAAGCGGUAGUCUGAAGAUGACGAACACAUCAAAGUAGUUAGAAUGAUUAUUAAAUAAACAAGUAUAACACA